AUGGUUUUAAGAGAUUGGGAACAACAUCUAAAGGAUUAUGACUUGGAUUAUUUGGCUAUUGCUUUGAUUAAAUUUAAAAAUAAAAUUGAUUCUAGGUUAAUUGUUGAAGAACCAAUAAAUAAUAGCACUCCAUUCCAAAAUCAUAAAAGAUCAAGAGAUGAAGUUUUAAAUCUUGAUAAACCUUUGAAAAAACAGAAAACAACACCCUUGGAAUUGAAUUUAAAUAUUGAUUCAAUAAAUGAUAUUGAACCUCCUUUAAAUAUUAUUGAAGUGGAAAAUUGGUUAAGUGAUGCUUCUUUAAUUACAAAUAAAUUGAAUGAAACAAUUCCUGAGAUUGGUUCAAUUAAGAAUAAAAAGAAUACUGAACAUACAAGUGAUAAGAUUGUUAAACAGGGUGUUUCAAAUAAAACACAUCCAUUAAAUACAAAACAUUUAUUAAAGAAGUCCAAAAACUUAUCAAAUUCAAAUAAAAAUGGAUUUUUAAGUGAUAAAAAAUUUAUAUCUUUAAAAACAAGUUCUAAAUCCAAAUCAUUAGCUCAGAAAAAUAAACAUAUUGAUGAUAAACAAUUAAACAAAAAUUUAAAUACAUCUUCUAAAACUUUAAAGAAAACUACAAAAGAUUCAAAUGGAUUAAUCAAAAUAAUAAGAACAGAAAAUCCAUUAAAUAAAUUACCAGGUGGAAAAAAAUAUUUACCAAUUUUAUCCCAAUUAAAAAUUGAUUUAACUGCAUUAGAACUUUAUGAAUUUAAACCAAUUUUGGAAUUCCAAAUUGAUGAUGUUUUAGAUUGUUUUAAAACUUUUAUGGAAUCUGAAUAUAUUAAUGAAUUAACUAUGGGUGUUUUAAAAAUACUUAUGUAUCAAUUAAUUCAAAAAUGUAUUAAUUCUAAUGAGGAUAAUAUAUUAAAUAAGAUUGUUGAUUGUUGUUCUAAAAUUAUUUUAUAUUUUGCUAAACCAAAAUAUGAACAUACAGAAAUUGUUAAUAUAAAGUAUAAAAUUGUGGAAAACAUUAUAAUAAAGUUAAGUUCAAUUGAAAAUAGUAAAUUUUGGUUGAUAGUUCAUGAAUGUUUAUUAAAUAAACUAGCAGAAUUUUGUAAAAUUUUAAUUCAAAUAUCAAUAAGUGAUGAAGAAUUAAUAUCAAAGAAACAAUAUUCAUAUAUUGAAAAAUAUUUAUUACAAAGAUCUCAAAUACAAGUUGGUAAUAAAACUGGGAGUAUUAAAAAUUCUAUAAAAGAUGGUUCACAUAGUUUAAAAUCUUUAAAAUUUGUUAUUAAAUUUUUUUGUUAUUUAUUAAAGAUUCAAAAAAUGAAAGAUAUAGAGAAGUAUAACUCAUUAAACAUUGAAAAACUUUCAUCAAUUCAAUCAUUUAUUCAAUCAUGUUUAAUUAUAAUUAAUGAUAUUUCAAUAUUAAAAAUUUUCAAAAAAAUUAAACUUGAUUGGAAUCAUCAAUAUUGGAAUUUAGAAUAA